CCUGGCUCAGCACAGAACACAGAGGCAGCCAGCAAACCCAACAUGACAACGAAGGGUGUAUUCGAAUCUUUCUUGAGCUUCUUCAGACCAAUGACUUGUCGCCUCAGCACUCAGCGACUCUUAACUCCUUGUCCUGUAGAAGGCCUGAACAUGUCUGAAUGCUCAAAAAUUCGCUGCUGUCCUUUCAGAAUUGGCCAUGAUGAGCAGUGCUACAUGCCGGUGAGGGAUGAUGUGCAGCUGGCCAUUCGAGUGAUCUUGCUUACGGGAGGAGGAUUUUUGUCUUUGGGAUUUUUCCCAAUCGUUUGCUGUGCUGUUUUGCAGAGGAGUCCAUGUAUCAAUCCUUUACGAAAGAUAAGCAAAAAAGUACAGAAAGCUGUGCGGGAAAAAAGAGCACAUGAUGAAAGGAUUCACAAGGAAGAGAUCCGCCACUUGCUGGACUGACUUGAGAAAGAGCC